AUGGACCAAAUUCGAAAAAUUUAAUAAACUUAAGACUUUCCCAGUGGACAUUAAAGGGCUAUUUAUUGUAUUUGUAGUUUCUAAAACAAUUCUAAAAUAGCUACUGGAGGUGAAGAUAAUACCAUUAGAUUAUGGGAUUUGUAAAAUAUGGAAUGUUAUUUGAUAUUAAAAGGUCAUACAGAUGGAAUUAGGGAUUUAAUAAGUCUCCCUAAUGGGUAUUUAAUAAGUGCAAGUUACGAUAAAACUAUUAAAAUGUGGAAUAUUCCUUAAUAAUUAGCUAAAUAGGAUGAAAUAGCAAGGUCUAUUAUUGCCAAAAUGGAGUCUCAUUUUUCAUAAAUUACAAAAGUAGCACUUUUCGCAGAUAAGGUUAUAGUCAGUUCUAGUGCUGAUGGAACAGUGAAAUUCUGGGAUUUGAAUAUAAAGUAGUGUGUACAUAGUUUGGAAGGACAUAAAGGACCGUGUAUUUCUGUAAAAUAUGUUCAAGGAAAUUGCAUGUAAAUCGCAUAAGAAUUCAAAUGUACAUAUAAAAUGAUGAAAUGUACUGAUAAUGAUAACGGAGAAUGUGAAUGUGAAGAUGGAUCUAUUUGCAAAUGGACUAAUAAAAAAGGAGAUGAUAAUUGUCCUUGUGGAAAGCCUUAACCAAGAAGAAGAAGAAGAAGAGUUGGUGAUUUAUGA